AUAAUUUUUUUCAAUGGAGGCAUGAAUAAAACACCAUUAAAACCCAUGUUUUAAGACUAAAUAAGGUUCAGCUGGUUGGAAUUUAAGAUCCCACGUAUUCAAGAUGUCCAGCCACCUGCAUUGGAUGUUGGUGGUUUUACCUUUGCUUCUCACUUUUACAGGUUCCAUUGUAAAUGCACAGACAACAGACGAAUCCGUGGUCACUCUACUGGCAGCAACAACGCAAGAAGCAGUCCAAGAUCCCUGUGGGACAAAUCCAUGCACAGAUGCCAGGACACACUGCGUGGCGGAUGGGGAGUCAUACACGUGUGAAUGCAAACCAGGGUAUACCAAAGUCGGAAGUAACUGCACAGGCUCCCAGCAAAUCUCUGGCUCCUUUUCAGUCACACAGAUUGGCGGUAGUACUAUAUCGUAUUCCGCUGAUCUUGCAGACCCAACCUCUGCAGCCUUUGUUUCUUUAGCUGAAGAUGUAGAAGAUGCGGUUGAUACCGUAUACCUAGCCAGUACUAUGGCAGACAUCUAUCUCGGCUGUGAGGUGACGGGCUUCAGAAGUGGCUCAGUCGUGGCUGACUACAAUGUUCUAUUUGCUACAGAAGAUGCCUCGAACCAACCUGUGGUUGUGAACCUGACCGAAGCGACAGAGGCCUUCACGACAGCCCUGGCUGCAGAGGCCGGCUCACUUGGUAUAACCAUUGAUGAAACAACAGUCACCGUUACAGAUUACGACGAAUGUGCGUCCCCCGAUGACUACGACUGCGACCCCAAUGCUAACUGCACCAAUACUGUAGGAUCGUUUACCUGUGUGUGCGAAUCGGGUUAUCAAGACGACUCAACGGAUCCCAACAGACCCGGUCGAGAUUGUUCCGAAAUACCUCCAAACACCGCCUGUGAUUCAAACCCCUGUACCUUGCCUAAAGAAAUGUGUAAUCCUGUUGGAGAUACCGAGUAUGAAUGUAAAUGCAUCGAGGGCUACGAUUACACCCAAUAUGGCGACUGUGAACCGAUGGCUCGGUCGACCACUUUCAGAUGCUACCAUUGCCAGGAUUCUAUCGACAACGUUAAAUGCAACGGUCGCAUGGAAUCCGAGAAUGGCACUGCCCAAAGGUGUCCAAACCCAACAGACACGUGUUAUCAGACUAUUCAGAUGAACCCGAAAGGAGAUGGAUUCAUGAUCAGAAAAGGUUGCAUGGAUCUGGAGGAGUGCUAUGACCUACUUUACAGUUUCGAAGCCGACCCCGAGAAGGCAUCCUGCUUUGAGUACAUCUUUCCCUACGGGAGGGACACCCCGCCGGGCCCCGGGGUACAGUGCCACUACUGCUGCAGCGAGUACUUCCCCCUCGAUCUUUGCAACUACGACAGUAUCCAUUUUAUUUACGGGACUCCCCGAAUCAACAGCUGGGAUCCGAGAAUGAAUUGGGAUUUUACUAUGAACUACGUAACAGACGAGCCCGAGAGUGGGUCACAGCGCCAUCUACCGUUCUGUGGCGUACUAAGCCUCAUCGUCACCACUUUACUUACCUAUUUGCUCCAUUAACAAUAUUACCUCUUUAGUAUUUUUAAUUCAGUUUUUGAAGUAGUGGAAGUUAGAUUAUUCGGGGGAACAACGUAAAUUACAAACACAAGUGAAGUUAAUUGAAAGAGGAAGAAUGAAAGACAUAAAUAAAUACUAGUAGAAGAGUAAUAUGAAUAAAAUGUGUACCAAGCACUCGGCUGGCUAAUUCGAAAGAACAGGGAUUUUCAUGAAUACUUUUAAAUCAUAUACGAAUUAUGGAGUGCAUGUGCUUUAAAAACAGCUCAUUUUGUCAUGUGAUGCUGACCUUAUUUGA